GGGGCGCAUGCGCAGUGCGGCGCUGGCUGUGUCUGUGUCCCCGGGUCCCUCCCGUGUGUCCCGGUUCCCGGGUCCCUCCCUCCCGGUGCCGGCUCUCCCCCCAGCCAAGCGGAUGUGCUUCAGGAAGAGACCGGGCUCCACUGCUGCCCAAAUCUCCGCAGGAGGAAGAAAUGGAGACAAAGGGGCAGAAUGAGCCAUAAAGUUCCCAAAAGAACAGGAAGUGACAGGCGCGUGUUGCUUAUUAGAGGAAGGAGCAGAGGAACUUUCUCAAGAGCUUGCAAUUGACGAGGAGCGCCAGCAGAAUAUGCAUUGUGCCUAUGUAAAAGGGAGGAAACGGCAUUGUAUGUAUUGCUCAUGAGAUGUACACAGGGCCUGACCCCAGUGAGUCUCCCAUGUCACGGUAUGACAGGACCCAGCCAACCCGGAACCACCGGACCAACCCUUGCUGCCUCUGCUGGUGUUGCUGCUGCAGCUGUUCCUGGAAUGAGGACCGCAAUAGACUUCGGAGGCUGUCUCGAGACACCAAGUUGGAGAUCGUCGCUCACUGUGAGGUCUGCACAAAGCCGUCCUCAGAAGAGAUAUACACCUGGGGCCACUCCUUCGAGAAGCUGAUGAAGAACCCGGCCGGGCGCAAUGUGUUCCGCGAGUUUCUGCGCACCGAGUACAGCGAGGAGAACAUGCUCUUCUGGCUGGCCUGCGAGGAGCUGAAGAAGGACAACAGCAAGCAUUUUGUGGAAGAGAAGGCGCGCAUGAUCUAUGAGGAUUACAUCUCCAUCUUGUCUCCCAAGGAGGUCAGCCUGGAUUCUCGAGUCAGAGAGGUGAUCAACCGGCGGAUGCAGGAGCCCAACCCCCAGACCUUCGACGACGCCCAGCUGCAGAUAUACACCUUGAUGCACAGAGACUCCUACCCCCGAUUCCUCAACUCGGCCAUUUACAAAUCGCUCCUGCAGAACAUUUCUCGCUCCAGCUCAGAGUCGUAGGUGUGGGGCCCGGGUUGCGGGGCUUUCCGAGACGGAUAACUGAAAAACGCACAUUUUUUUUUAUGUACAAGAGGAAGGGGGGGAGGGGAUGAAGAGGACAACUGGAGCACGGAUCCUGCCCACUCUCUCUCUCCCCCUCCAAUCAGCUUCAGGGGCCCGUCCCACGCGGUGUAACAGACUUUCAAAAGGGUGGUCCAUUUGCUCUUGUGGCAUUAAGAAGAACGUGGAGGGGGGGGGGGGAGGAGCGUUUUGACCUCAUACCCCGCCCAGUCUCCCUCCCCCUUGAAGAAGAGAGGGGGCGAUAGGUACUGUAUUGGGGGAUUUAACCUCAGGACAUGAAUACUACUGAAUUCCCCGGGGGGGG